UUUUGAAAGACUUACUCAAUAUUACAAAUAGCAGGCUACAAAAUUCUUUUAUUCAAUAAAUUGUGGAUCUAGGUUUUGAUUAGAUAUGGAGGAAGCACAAGAGCUACGUAUAGGAGCCUUGAAAAGCACAAGUGAUGAAUUUCUGAUUUUUGGAAAUGAAGCUGUUGAAAAUUCAGUUACCAAGCCAAAAGUUAUCACUCAGAUUAUAAUCAAAAAUUCUUAUGAAACAGCAUUAAUGGAAAAAAUAUGGAUAUCUUUCCUGUCAUUUCAUCUGUUUGUGGUACCUGCUUUCUUGAGUUUGCUUCUGGGAAAUGUGCCUGUUUUAGGUGGCACUGGCUAUGAUGAUGAAUAUGAGAUAGCCAAACAACAUUUAAUGGUAGGUUUGAUGGGAGCUGCAGUCGUUAUUGGACUGCCAUUUCACCUUUUGGCACUGGCCGACCUCGAAGACGCAAUAAAUGAAGUAACAGGUGGUAGCAAUUAUAGCAAUUCCAGCUCUCAAACAAAUGGAGACUCAGCCGCAGAACCACAAGAUGAAACAGAUGUGAUUGUGCUCUCGGAAUCUGAUUAAUAGAGAAUCCUCCAAAAACACCAUUCAUUUCGAACUAUGAAGUAUUCAAUAAAGAAAUAUUUUUACAGUCUUCUUCCACGU